AAAGCUCAUGAAGAGCAGAUUAGAGAAAACCAGGUCGGUUUUCGACCUGGACGUGGUUGUAUAGAUCAGAUAUUCACACUACGUCAGGUUCUAGAACACAGACACCCCACAAUGGUAGUAUUUCUCGACCUUAAGGCGGCAUUCGACUCUGUUGAUCGUGAGGUUCUAUGGCAGUUUUUGUCACUGAAAGGAGUACCAAAGAAGUACAUUAACCUUAUAAAGGCUCUCUACUCGAACACAACUGGCGAACUGUCAUCAGAAUUGAUUACCUCAAGUGGUGUUCGUCAGGGCUGUCCACUCUCCCCAUUCUUGUUCAACUUUGUCAUUGACGUACUUUUAGAGAUAACACUCUCCUCAUCUAAAUUUCCAUGGGUUGAACUUGUACCGGGAGGUUCACUUGUUGACUUAGAAUAUGCAGAUGACAUAGUUUUAUUUGGUGAAGACGCUGACAAAAUGCAGAGUCUUCUGACCACUCUAAGCAACAAUGCAAGCAUGUUCGGGAUGCGAUUCUCUCCCUCGAAAUGCAAAAUGUUGCUUCAGGAUUGGGUUACAUCGACACCCGAACUAGUGAUAGGGAGUGAAGUAGUUGAGUGUGUCGACCGCUUCACUUAUCUUGGAAAUCUCAUCAGCCCUUGUGGUUUGGUGUGUGACGAAAUCUCAGCACGGAUACAGAAGGCUCGACUAGCUUUUGCCAACUUGUGUCAUUUAUGGCGUAGGCGAGAUAUCCGUCUAUCAACCAAAGGACGUGUUUACUGCGCAGCAGUUCGUUCCGUCCUACUUUGUGGCAGUGAAACAUGGCCGGUAAGAGUAGAGGAUAUCCGCAGGCUACUAGUAUUUGAUCAUAGGUGUCUUCGAAACAUUGCUCGUAUAUCAUGGGACCAUCGAGUAAGUAACACAGUUGUUAGGAAACGAGUACUAGGUAAGGAUGGCAAAUCAAUUGAUGAAGUAGUGAAACUUCAUCAGUUGAGAUGGCUGGGACACGUGUUACGUAUGCCCAACCACCGACUGCCUCGACGUGCUAUGUUCAGUGGUAUAGGAGUAGGUUGGAAGAAAUCUAGGGGCGGCCAGACCAAAACAUGGUACAAAUCCAUGAAGUCAUUGACAAUUGGACUGAGCCAUGUUGGUAGGUGUAGACUACCUGGUUGGGGACCGCGAAAUGAUAGCAACCGAUGGUUAGAGACCCUGAAUGACAUGGCUCAAAAUCGUUUGUAAUGGCGCAGGUGCAUCCACUCUCUGUGUUCUCCCAAAUUCUAAUCUUCUGAAUUCUUAGUAUUCUUUUUUCCUCUUUCCAAAUUUCUUUCACUGUAUUAUACUCUUUAAAUAACAUCUCCAAACCCUAAUCUUCCCGAUUACUGCUUAUACUCUUAUUACCUCUACCACUACGGGAUUUGAAUCGACAAGUGCAUCUCUGUGCUAAUGUGGUGUGGCAACUCGAACUGAUGUACGUGCGUACGAAGUUCUACGUUGUUACUGACUGACUGACUGAGAUAUUUUCUCAUCUUGUCUCACUAAUGUGGGAAUUGUUUUUCAGUUUAGAUUAUCUGAUGCCAUACCACUGAUUGCAACACAGCAGCACAAUACAUUCCCGAAGACAAUUUAGCAGUGACACACCAUUUUUGUUAGCUUCUAUUGUGGGUCCAGUUUGUACCAUCAAAUUGCUUCAUCGAUCACAUUAACUCACAUGGCUUUU